AUGGAUGCAUCUAGUGAUAAUAUUAGGAUGAAUUCGUGUCAAUAUACACCAGUUUAUUUCAUUGAAAACUCGAGUGUAAACCAGGCAAGGUCAUAUGUUAUAACACCAAACAAUCUGAACGUGGACAAACCCAUAAGUGAAAGCUUGAAAAGAUUUUACGAAAAUAGCGGCAAGCUGGAAACUAACCUAAACGUUACAGAAAAUAAUAUAAAGAGAAUUUUGAAGAAACCUGAAAGUAACGUAGUUGGAAAUAACUUGAAACUUGCGAGUUUCCUUUUACCCAAAUCAGAAAUAAAAAACGAACAAUGUAUUAUACCUGCCCACAAACCGAUAAUUACACCUGUAAACAAUGUUGUAUUGAAACCUGUGUACAUUGCAAAUAAUAUAGCAGGCAGUCCAAAUCCGGUACCUAAAUUAGAUGUGAAUAGUAAAAUUGUUAAAUUGAAAGAUUUACCUAAUGUUAUACGAUCUCAAAAUGGAAAAAUAUUGCCAAAGAUUAAACCAAAAGAAAACACUGUAAGCAAAUCUAAACAUACAUCAGUACAAUUACUCAAGUUAGGAGAGACAUAUCAUAGUCUUAAUCAACUGAGCAAUGACCAAAUAAAAAUAGUCAAUCAUGCAUUGAAGAUAUUUAGUGACCCUCAAGGGUCGUCACCAGAGCCUGCAUAUGAUCCUGUCACUAACACUAAAUAUAUUUAUAAAGUGGUAUCUCCUAAAGACUUAGCAGUUGUGGGUAAAAACAAAAGUAAACAACAAAAAAUGGAUAUCCAAACAGUUGUUGUAAAGCCUGAAAUUCCAGAUACUGAGAAACAUGAAGACCAAAAAAUUCUAGAGACAAAAGUAACACGAAGCGGUAGGAUAGUGAAGUUACCCAAAAGUAUCAUAGAUGAAUCACCAAAUAAGCCAAGAAGAAAACAAGGAACAACUGUUGAAGGCGCUCAUUGUCCUUCUAAAUCCAGCAGUCCACACCGCUUACACUGUCGCUAUGAAAAUCACAAUGUGGCAUCAAACAAGCACACUGAUUUAUUCCACUGUCUCCUCGACAUAAUCAAAACUGGUUCAGAUAAUGUGUUUUUGGAGCAAUUGGAACAAUUUAUUGUGAAAUUAAAAUCCAGUGUUUCAUGUUUGCUUUCAAACAGUGGCACUGGUACUCCAAGUAUUAUAAAUGAAGAUGUAGGGAGAUUAUUAGGGAUAAGUCCAGGAAAGUACAAUAUAAAUCUAGACGCACUGAACUGUGAAAAAGACAAGUAUGGCCACUGCAGCCACAAUCCACCUCUCUCAAUCCCAGUUGAGGUGACCAAACCAAAAACUAUAGAGAAAAAUAAGACUAAAACUAGUAUACCUGAUCUCACUGAAUAUUUAUUGAUAAAUAACAAUAAAUGUAACAAAGAAAAAACACAAAGUAUUAAAAAAAACGAAUGUAAAAAGCAAAAACUAGAACAAAAUCAAAAUGAUAAUGUAAAAAAAAUGAAGAUUACUCCAGAAGCAGAGAGUGAUAAUGUAAUUGACGAUUUAUUUGCUUUAUUAAGUGAUGCAGACAAGACUGAAAAUAGUUUAGAGAAACCCAUAGACAAUGUAGACACAAGUGAUAAAAAUCAAAAUGAAAUGGAUACAGCACCAAAAAGUGCCAAACCAUCUCAUAUACAGUUUAGAAGUACACAUUUUGAUAUCCGUUCAUCACCAAUCAAGUCAUCAUCUACAGUAUUUAGAAAGUUCCAGAUAAAUCCAGCCAAAAUGUCCAAAUAUGAAGUAGAGAUUAUCCGACCUAUAAACAAAGUAGCCCAAGAUAUUGAAAUGACAGACAAAACUCAAAAUGAACAAGAUAAAAGCACAAAUAGUAUUCAAAACUCUAAUUUUAACUUACGAAGUACAGAUGUUUUAAAAGAAAGCAAUAGUAAGGUGCUAGAAGACACCAGUUACAAAACUUCAGAAGUGUGGCCAGAACAAUCACAAUUUGAACAAUCCUCUAUAAUUAAUCAAACAGAUGACUUCUUAAAGACUGAAAAUAUAAUUGAGCCCUCAUUAUUACAUGUUAAAGAUGGCGACAAAGGUAUAUUACCAGAAGACAAUUUAGAAGAAAACGAUACAAAUCAAGGGCAAUCAAUUAUAAGCUUUUUAGAGUCUUUAGGCAAUGAUCUUUAUACAGACUCGGCGAGGAACAACCCUGUGGACUUUCAGUUAGAUUUAUUUUCAUUUAAUACU